AUGAUCGGCGGUUCUCCAGUGAUGAUCGGCAGUUCUCCAGUGACGGUCGGCGGUUCUCCAGUGACAGUCGGCGGUUCUCCAGUGACGGUCGGCGGUUCUCCAGUGACGGUCGGCGGUUCUCCAGUGACGGUCGGCGGUUCUCCAGUGAUGAUCGGCGGUUCUCCAGUGAUGAUCGGCAGUUCUCCAGUGACGGUCGGCGGUUCUCCAGUGACGGUCGGCAGUUCCCCAGUGAUGAUCGGCGGUUCUCCAGUGAUGAUCGGCGGCUCUCCAGUGAUGAUCGUCAGUUCUCCAGUGACGGUCGGCGGUUCUCCAGUGACGGUCGGCGGUUCUCCAGUGAUGAUCGGGAGAAAACUUCUCUGUGGAAAAGAGUUUAGCGUGUUGGGUGAUGAGUCGGGUGAUGAGUCAGAAAGCGUGUCAGGUGAUGAGUCGGAUAGCGUGUCAGGUGAUGAGUCGGAUAGCGUGUUGGGUGAUGAGUCGGAUAGCGUGUCAAGUGAUGAGUCGAAUAGCGUGUUGGGUGAUGAGUCGGAUAGCGUGUCGGGGGAUGAGUCGGAUAGCGUGUCGGGUGAUGAGUCGGAUAGCAUGUCAGGUGAUGAGUCAGAUAGUGUGUUUGGUGAUGAGUCGGAUAGCGUGUUGGGUGUUGAGUCAGAUAGCAUAUCGGGUGAUGAGUCGGAUAGCAUGUUGAAUGAUGAAGCGGAUAGCGUGUCGGAUGAUGAGCCGGAUAGCGUGUCGGGUGAUGAGUCGGAUAGCGUGUUGGGUGAUGAGUCGGAUAGCAUGUUGAGUGAUGAGUCGGAUAGCGUGUCGGGUGAUGAGUCGGAUAGCGUGUUGGGUGAUGAGUGGGAUAGCGUGUUGGGUGAUGAGUCGGAUAGCAUGUUGAGUGAUGAGUCGGAUAGCGUGUUGGGUGAUGAGUGGGAUAGCGUGUUGGGUGAUGAUUCGGAUAGCGUGUUGGGUGAUGAGUCGGAUAGCGUGUUGGGUGAUGAGUCGAAUAGCAUGUUGGGUGAUGAGUCGGAUAGCGUGUCGGGUGAUGGGUUGGGUGAUGAGUCGGAUAGCGUAUCGGGUAAUGAGUCGGGUGAUGAGUCGGAUAGCAUGUUGAGUGAUGAGUCGGAUAGCGUGUCGGGUGAUGAGUCGGAUAGCGUGUUGGGUGAUGAGUGGGAUAGCGUGUUGGGUGAUGAGUCGGAUAGCGUGUUGGGUGAUGAGUCGGAUAGCGUGUUGGGUGAUGAGUCGGAUAGCGUGUUGGGUGAUGAGUCAGAUAGCAUGUCGGGUGAUGAGUCGGAUAGCAUGUUGGGUGAUGAGUCGGAUAGCUUGUCGGGUGAUGGGUUGGGUGAUGAGUCGGAUAACGUGUCGGGUGAUGAGUCGGAUAGCGUGUUGGGUGAUGAGUCGGAUAGCGUGUUGGGUGAUGAGUCGGAUAGCGUGUUGGGUGAUGAGUCGGAUAGCGUGUUGGGUGAUGAGUCGGAUAGCAUGUUGGGUGAUGAGUCGGAUAGCGUGUUGGGUGAUGAGUCGGAUAGCGUAUCGGGUAAUGGGUCGGGUGAUAAGUCGGAUAGCGUAUCGGGUAAUGAGUCAGGUGAUGAGUCACCUUCAGCAACCACUAUUGCUAUUGUGGCGUUUUAUCACACUGCCCACUUGAAAGGUUACUAUUGGAUGUCCAUAUUUAUGGUCUUACCUCCUCGCGGUCCAUGA